UCGUUAUCUUGGCUUCCAUACCCAAAUUGACCAAUAAGUGAAAAGGCUCGUUUCCCAGCGGUAGUUAUUAAGCAGAGUACCAUAAACGCUGUUUAUUUUUACAUGAGGGGGUUCGAUUUUAGUAUAAAUGAGCGGUAAACUUCACUCCGGACAUCACAGCUCCAACAGCCCUCCAAAGAACAUCAACGGUUCUUCCGAAUACCAAGCAAAAGCUCAUCAUGAAAUUCAUAAUCGUCCUCGCUGCUCUGGCCGCCGUCGCCGUUGCUCGUCCCGAGGGUGGUGCGCCUGCCCCAGUAAUUCCUAUUUUGGAAUACUCUUUGACUCGUGACGACUUCGGUCAAUUCGCUUUGAGCUACCUCACCGGCGAUGGAACCAGAGUUACCGAACAGGGAGCUCUAGUCCCGAAUGCCGACAAUACCGGACAUGUUCUCGUCAAGCAAGGAACUCUCAGCUACUUCGCCCCCGAUGGAACUCCCAUCGACCUGACCUGGACUUCUGACGCCGAUGGUUUCAAGGCCAAGGGAGACCAUCUUCCCGUACCUCCAAAACCCAUCGACCCCGCACCGGAAAGUCUUUGAGUGAUGACUGAUUAAUUAUAGAAAUAUGUAUUUGUGCAUUUUGAACUGUUUUCGUUUCGUUUUAAAUUUCGAUCGGUGAGAGUCAUUGACAAUCGGGAAACGCUUCUUCGCUUUGAAAAAUCGGCUAUUCCGAUUCCUCCUGGAGCACCAGUUAUCUUUGGUUUCGCGUGUAUUUGGAAUCAGAAAUAGUCGAUUUUCUACUGAAAUUGAAGAAGAGGAAAGUCAAAAUAGACUUAUGAUCGUAAGUCAGCGAAAAUUAACCGAUUCUCAGAGAUUUUCUCCGAUCUAAAUUAAGAAAAUAGACCCAUCCAUACGAUCAGUGAUUGAAAACCGAUCAAAUUCUUGAAAAUACAAAUUGAACUUUAA